UCAGUCAUCUCCCUCACACACUCAUAACACCAUGUCUUACAAGGUCCUGGUGCUGGUUGUCCUGGCCGCGGCUGUCUUGGCUGACAUUGUCCCAGUAACCUAUAAGCCACCCCGCCCCCACCCACAUCCCCACACCCCAUCCCCUCACCAUCCUCAUCCCUAUCCCUACCCCCACGUGCCCCCUAAGUAUGACUUCCACUACACGGUGCAAGACAAGUACAACGACUUCGGCCACUGGGAGUCCCGCGACGGAGACCGCACGGAGGGCAAGUACUUCGUUGUGCUGCCUGACAGCCGCAAACAGACUGUGACGUACGUCGUGGACGGCAAUAGCGGCUACGUGGCGAAGGUCGUCUACGAGGGCGAGGCAGUUCACCCAAAGCACACCACAUACAAGCCCGAGUAUUAAGAAACGUCAGUCUUCACGUCCAAGCCCUAUUGCCAGCCUGCGCAGCCUGCUAGUACCCACGUUCAACUGCCGCGGACCGCUGCUUCUUAUUUAUGCUUUCAAUGUUGCAAAUUCAUAUAACGACUGUUGUUGAUAACUUAUAAUAAAACUUUCAGCAUUA